GGCAGCUGCCGGUCCCUCGCCCUUCCGGCAGUGAAGGCAGACAUGGCCAUGUGGAUGGUGAGUGUGGAGAAGACAGGGGCAGGAUGGCCCUUCUCUCCUGCUCUUGCAGGCGGGCACACGUGCUGCAAUGGGGCUGCCGCUGCCCUUCCUGCAGGACACGUCCAUCCCCGUCACUCUGCGGCAGGAGGGAGCUGAGCACUGGGGCCCCUCGCUCCCAAAUGAUGCUGCCUCUCUCGUGCCCUCGGUGCGGGGGGACAGCACUGGGGGAGUCUGGGAGCGCUCUCCUGGUGCUUCUCCUCCACGGCUCUUUGCUCUCUUUCCCUUGGCAGCAGGCGGGACGAGCAGGAGCAAGAGGAAGCUGCCCUGGCCAUUUGCAUGGCUAGGCACCCGGGCUGCGGCAGAGGCACCAGGGCCAUCGGGCUCUGCUGUCGCAGGAGCUCUCUUUGGCCGGCCCCUGGCAGAUCUGUGCAACCAGGACGGCAUGCUGCCUCAGCCCAUCCAGGACCUGCUGGCUCUGCUCAAGGAGCAUGGCCCAUCCACGGAGGGGAUCUUCCGGCUGGCAGUCAGCCAGCGCGCCUGCCGCGAGGUCAGGGACGCCCUGGACAGCGGGGUGCCAGUGCAGCUGGAAAACCAGCCCGUGCUGCUGCUGGCUGUCCUCUUGAAGGACCUCCUCCGGAAUAUCCCCUCAAAGCUCCUCGACACCCAGCUGUUCCAGGAAUGGAUGCACGCCAUGGAGAAGACCUGCAGGCAGGAGAGGCUGGCAGCCCUGAAAGAGGUGGCCAGCAAGUUACCAGGGGCCAACCUGCUCCUGCUCCGACACUUGCUGUCGCUGCUUAGCAGCAUCAGCAGGAAUGUGGCCACAACCAAGAUGACCGCUGGGAACCUGGCCAUCUGCCUGGCACCAAACCUUCUGAGCCCACCCCAGGAGCUGCCCCUGGAUGUCCUGGCUCUGGAGACAGGGAAGGUGACGAAGCUUGUUGAGUUCCUCAUCGACCACCAUGAGGAACUCCUUGGAGAGCAGGUGGCCGGGUUGGCCAGCAAGGGGGUUGAGGAGACACCAGCACCUCAAGCAGAGCUGGAAACAGCAGAGGUGCCUCCCAUCGCUCCUGAGAGCGAACAGCAGAGGAGCUUAUCCGGGGAGAAAAGGUUCCCUGGCUCUUUGCGGAACACCAGGAAGCGAAGAGCAAUCUGGGAAGAGGGCAACGACGGGCCACGGUGCCGAAAGAAGAGCAAAACUGAGCUCUCAGGGAUGGCCAACUGAAGAAAUUCAAGCAGGGGAAGAACGAGGCACCCAGGUGCCCAUUUACUGCUUCGAUUCCCCACAUGAGCUCUGCUGCCUGGCCUUGGAGUUCCACCCUGCGGCCCCAGCACCACCUCGGCAGCGGCGAGGACAGAACCACCAAGUCCUUCUGCUUUGGAUAGAAGGUUCCACCACCUCGCCCCGGAGCCAGAGCAGCGCCCUCAGACCCAUCCCAGCCCUCGCAGGAGGCCUUGCUGUCUCGCUCCUCAGCCCCGCCAGCAAAUGACAAACCGCUGGUGCAUCUCCCCAAGCGGGGAGCUGGCCUCUGGACUUCCCCUUACCAUGUUCAC